CACAGAAGAAGCCUGGUCUCUAGGAUACGGAGAAAGCGUUCCUGUCGGACUGAUGCCUGUGCGCCUUUCAGGGAUGCUAUCGAUGGAGCAUCUUCACCUGGAGCAUGUUCUGCAGACUGUGUGUGUGUUGGAGUCAGUCAUCCUCCGCAGUUUUGGCCCUGAAGGAGGACAGGUGCUGUUCACCCGAGACACCGGACAGGCGAUGUUGAGCCGCAGUGGGACCCGCAUUCUCACUGCGCUACAACUGGAGCAUCCACUGGCCAGGAUGGUGGUGGAGUGUGUCUUGAAACACAGCACUGUAACAGGCGAUGGAGCUAAGACCUUUAUCCUGCUGCUGGCGUCAUUACUACGGAUGAUUCAUACAAUGGCUUGCAAGGAGCCUAAUGUGUCUCACACCUAUAACUCCAGGGAAGCAGCAGAGGCUGCCACUGCCAGGCACUUGGCUGACAAAAUAUUGGCUUUUUCAUUGGAGGAGCUGGAUGAUCUCAUUGUCAAGGGAGUGGGCCCGCAUGGAUACUUUCUUUUGUGGGAGGAUUUAACUGCACAGACACAAUCACCUGGGCACACAAACUCUCACAGUGUUCAAAAGCUGCUGGCAACAUUCUUUCAUUCACGUUUGGGUCACACCCACUGUGACUUUAUUAGUGACCUCACCUGUGAACUGCUCGCUCACUGUAAGUUUAAAAAUGACCUACCAUCCUCAUCACUCCAGUUUGUAAAUGACAACUUCCCUGCAUUGCAUACACCUGUAUCAGGCUUCCCUAUUAGUUGCUCACGUUUGAUUGAGGGGCAGGUCAUUCACAGGGACUUUGCUACACCCUGCCCUCAGACUGACCACCAGCCAAUCAAAGCUGUAGUUUUCACUGGGUACCUGCAACCAAAAUUGCUCAGUGCAGGAGAAGUGCUGGAGAUGGGAGGUGGAGAGCACGGGGUGGAGGACAAUUCAAGGAAGGAGAGAAAUAUUAUGCAGUUUAGUGCCUGGGCAGAAAGGUCACUCGAGUGUGUCAUUGCAAAGCUGCAGAGUCUGGGUGUCUCUGUGGUCCUGUCUGCAGUGAAACAGUCGGCUGCUGUCCUGGCUUUAGCCGCACAGGCAGAGAUGUGCGUUGUGGAAUGUGUCAGUGAAGAUGAGCUGUCUCUCUUUGCCCAGCUAAGUGGGGCCACACCUGUCUCAGACUGCUUGAUGAUUGAACCAGAGCACGUUGCCAUACUGACCUUUUGCAGACCAAUACUGCUGGGAGCCCAUAGGUAUGCCCAUGUGGCUUUCCAUGACUCAGAGGUCAUGGUCACACCCUGUAGUCUGGUCAUUUGUGGAGCAGGGGAAGGACAAACUGACCAGUAUGCAUGUGCGUUUCAAGAUGCCAUCCGCAUGCUACUUUCAACUUGGGAGCCCAUGAGUAUGACUGCAACUACAGCAUCAAAGAGGACCUUGCACACAGACAAAAGCUCAUCUUUACAUACAGAUGAUCAGAUCCCUAAUGCACCUCUCCUCCAGCAGUGUGUGUUGGAGCCAGGCUGUGUCAUACCUGCUGGUGGGACAUUUGAGUUCCUCUUAAACCAUGUCCUCUUACAACAUGGCCGCAGCUGCUCAGUUUCUGAUGAUACAAAUAUGGAUAUCCCUGCUGUUUGCCAGCUCUUGGCAAAUGCUCUGUUUAGCAUUCCCCGACAGAUUUACUCCCACAGCCGGAGACGUUUCCUGCAAAUUCAAACUAGGCUCCUGAGUUUUAUUCAAAAUAAUUCCCACACUUUCGGCCUUGUAUACAAACAAGAACGCAACACAAUCCUCACACAGGAUCAGGGCAAAAGCGAAUUUCCUCUAGAGGAGGGUAAACUAAGCAUACAUUGUUGUAGAGAAGCUGACAUGCCAUCAAAAGUUUUUAUGUCGCACUUGGGCCUUGAAUCUGUCUCCUGUAAAUACAAGCUGCUUCUGGCCGUGCUGCAGUGCGCCUCAAGUCUUCUUCAUGUGGACACUGUGCUGCACACACGCACUGCCUCACACGCUCAGUCACGCAGACUUGCAAACAUUUCCUGGGAGGGCACAGAGGACGAGGCUGAAGAUUGAGAUUGUAUUGUGCUCCGAGAUGAAAGCCAUAAACGCAGUUUCUAGUUUCUCUCUGUACUUACUCAGGUAUCAUUCAAAAGUUGGAGGAAAUAAUUUGCACUUUAAUAUAGACUGCUACAUUAAUUUUUGUAUGGCCACAGUAUUUUUUUUCAAAACAAUUUAUUUAUCUCACUACAAAAUGUUUGCGAUGCGUAUUUGUAAUGCAGGUUUAUACUUCCACUGAGAUAAUAAAUUACAUUGAUGGCAGUACUAUUGUGUGGUGCUGUUUAUGGGCCAAUAAAAUGUAAUGGUGGUUCUGCACCAACCUGUCCUGAAUCAAGGCUAGGUUUGGCAAUAACAGUAAAAAAGAAAACAUCAAACAACUUAGCGUUACUCUGUGCAGAGGAAAGAAUGUGAAGUUGUUAUCAAAUAAUUUAGUCUUUAUCUACUGUGUUAAUGUGAAGUAGUGUGAGUGAGUCAGUGUUGACGUUGGCCUCUUUCCUCUUCACUUCUCAUCAUGGUUCCUAUUUUUCAACAUUUCUCUUCCUUAUCUCAAUUUUCCUGCCCUCUUCCCUUGGCCAGAACACAUUCUGUUACAUAAAAGGCACACACAGAACAACAUGGAGACGUCGUUACACAUGUAUACACGCUCCUUUUUAUAAUCAGCGUUAUCUCCAUAGUGGGGGUGGGGUGUCUGAGAGGGAAACACCCGGCUGUCAACAACCAAAUCAAAGUGCACUUCCUCGUGCUAUAAUCAGAGGAACACUAACUCUAUUCUCACCUCUUUUUUGAUGAAAUGGUGACUCAUUAGAAAUAACUAGGCCCACCGCCAUACAUAAUCGUGCACCGUAUAUUGUAAUCAGUGUGUGUUUAUUUUUGAACACAAAUUUUCCAUAAAUUAAUUGUCAUGGCAUGACUCACAAACAAAGACAGGUCUUGGCUUUGUUUGGGCUUCGGAUCAAACUCUACAUGAGUCACUCUUGAUGAGCGCAAAUAUCAAAAGAGGGUGAAGCUGGAGGUAAAAGACAGAAUGUUUUUUUCCACCGUGCACAUGGAAAAGAACUUGGAUGUUGUUUUCAGUGUUAUCGAGGCACCUACGCCCUUCUAACCCUUACAUGCCCCCUGUAUCCUCCACAGCUAAUUCACACGGAGUAGUACUGCGUCAAUUUAAUAGUAAAGAUUUUGCUAUUUAGUGAAUUAACUUCACCCAGUGACCUUUUGUGAAUAGGCUAAAUGAAAAAUAACAGCUCAUUUGACUCUGUGUAUCAGGGCUGCACAGUUAAUCAAAAUACUAUUGAAAUUAUAGCUGCUGCGCAGCGAUGGGUCGGGUCCGGGCUAUUUUUGGCAAAUUUAGGCAAUUCUGAGCAACAAACAGGAGAAUAGGAAGACAAGACAGUUGACAACAAUGUUCAUUUUGGACCACUUGAGGCUUGGACCCACAACUUCUGGAACCAAAGACUGUCAUCUAUCGCUCUGAGCUAAUUGGCAAGUGGCAAUACAACAGUGGCUUCACAAAUUGAGUAAGCCAUUCACUGUUGUGCAGGCAGAUUUGAAACCACUGUAAAAAAUUCAGUUAUCAAGACAAAAAUCUGAAAAUACACAUAUUGCAGCAUGGAGAUGUUGGUAAUUUGUUUUUAAAAGUGAUUGAUUUGCUCCAUAAGUGAAUAACUGAUGUUUAAAAAUGCUUCUUGCAUUGACUGCAAUUAUUCACAUGAGAGCAGAAUUCAAAAUGUUCUCAAAAAUUCCGUUUUUUAGGUAAAAUUCUGAUAUUUGUCAAACAUCAUCUACCAUGACUCUAAAAAAUGUUCAAUUUUUUCAUGAACAUUGAAGAUUUAUUUAUCAAUUUGCAGGUAUAUGUUUACAGUAGUGUUCACAGUCAAACAUUUUUGAUGGACUUCAUAAUUUUUAAUAGGUUUAAAUGUACAAAAGUUUCUUUACAGUAGUAUUGGGGCUACAGUUUGAUGAAAGUGUGAAGUUCUAGCAGGUUGAUUUGUUAUGAAUUUUCAAUGUUUUGAACUUUAGAUGCUUGCUGUAGCGCCACCAUCAGGACUAUUGUCUUGUGUUUCAUGUUGAGGACAUCUGACAUUUUGAUCUGUCAUCAUCAUCAUCACCCUUGCUGGGUCUCGAACCCACAACCCCUGACACCAAGAACCAGCUGCUAACUCACUGAACUAAUUGGCUGGAAGCGAGACCUGCUGUGUAGCUUCAUUUGUCGACUCAGGGAGUCACUGUCCGGGCAGCUGUUGUCAAGGCAGAUUUCAAAAAUGGUCAAAAUGUCAGAAAUUCUGUUACCUGAACAGAAAUCUGAUAAUACAUAAAUUGCAUCUUGACAGCAUGGAAAUGUUGGUGAUUUGUUUUUAACUCUUAAGUGUUUUGCUUCAUAAGAGAAAAUCUGAUGUUUAAAAAUGCCACUCUUACAUUGACUCCAGUUGUUCCCAUGAGAGCAGAAUUCAAAAUGUUCUCAAAAAUUCAGUUUUUGAGAUAAAAUUCUGAUAUUUGCCAAACUUCAUCAACCAUGACUCCAAAAUAUUCUCAAUUUUUUUCAGGAAGAUUGAAAAUGUAUUUAGCAAGAAUUUGAUAGUAUAUGUUUACAGUACUGUUUACAGUCAAACAUUUUGAUGCACUGUAGGCUUAAUUUUUGAUAAAUCAAAAAUCCGAGAAACAAGUUUUGUGGAGGACGGUCUGAAGAUGCUCUCUAGCAAGUUUGGUGACAAUUGAGCAAAAAUUGUGGGAGGAGAUAGGUUUUAUAAGUUUUACAGUUUUUGAAAAAAACUGAGUGAUGGACUUCAUAAUUUGUAAUGAGUUUAAGUGGACUAAAGUUUCAGCAGUAUUGGGGCUACAGUUUGGUGAAAGUUUCAAAACUGUAGCAUGUACUGUUGAUUUUGUAGGUAUUUUUAAAGAUUUUUAAAUUUAAACGCUUAUUGUGCCCCCCCCAGGAGGAAUAUUGACAUGUCCUUGGAAUUAAGUAAAUCUGGCAUGGGGCCGGACAUUUCUGUAAAGUUUGGUGAGUUUUCGCCCUUGGGAAGUAUGACUUCCUCGGAAGAAAGAAAGAAAGAAUUCCUAGGAAUACAAUAGUGUCCUGGCAGCUUAGCUGCCCAGACCCUAAUCACAAUAUGGCUAAGAGAUCCAAAUCAUAGGAACUGCAAGUUUUUGAUAAAAUGUGUCAAAACAUACCAGUAUAAAUGAAGCAUUGUGGUGCUACAGACAUGCCCUGGCCUACAAAUCAUAAUCCAGAUGUAAGGAAACAUGCUUUUUUGGUACAGACCUCAGCAAAAAUCACAUCAUCAUUUAUUUUAAAUCUUGGGUUAAAAGAAAUGCAAAAAAUAUUAUUUUUGCAUAUUGUGCAACCCUACUGUGUAUGUGCGAGUGAUUGCGUGCCUUAAUAUAGUACCAGCAAAGUCAGCUCAGUCAGUAUAUUUUGGUUUAUUUGCCUCUCAUUAAUUUUUGUCUCUGUGAAACAGUGCACAUGGUAUAAAUCAACCCAAUCUCUGUAAAAUGAAAAGAACAUUAUAAAAUACACAAUCAAACCACAUGUACCAUAACAACCACCUAAGUGUAUAAAUCUUUUACAAAUAAAAAAGACAUUUACAAAAAGUGACAAAAAAUUAAAGGCUUUUUUUUUUUUUAAGAA